GACGCUUUGCAUGUUUGUAGUUUGACUUUUGACAAGACUAUUUCACAAUUCAGAGCUUGGAGGGAAUUGUUUUUAAUAAUUCUUAAUGUGAUUUUAGUGAAUUCAUUUAAUAAACUAAAGAUUAUAUUAUAAUAAAAAUGGCUCUUUAUUGUGCAAUAUCUAAUGAAGUGCCAGAGGUUCCCGUCGUCUCCCCUUCGUCAGGAUCAGUCUUCGAAAAGAGAAUAAUAGAGAAGUAUAUUAUUGAAAAUGGGGUAGACCCUAUUAGCGGUAAAGAGCUGAGAGUGGAAGACUUGAUUGAAAUAAAGACUCCAGCCAUAGUGAAACCUAAGCCCCCAAGUGCUACAUCUAUUCCCGCUACACUCAAGAGUAUGCAGGACGAGUGGGAUGCACUCAUGCUGCACACCUUCACUCAGAGACAACAACUACAGACGGCCCGACAGGAGUUGAGUCACGCCCUGUACCAGCACGACGCCGCCUGCCGCGUCAUCGCCCGCCUCACCAAGGAGGUGACGGCGGCCCGCGAGGCGCUCGCCACGCUCAAACCUCAGGCCGGCCUCGCCGCGCCGCAGCCGGCUAGUCAAGUGGAGGCUGCGGCGGCGGGCGCAGCGGCUGUGGGUAUGUCUCCGGAGGUGGUGUCUCGUCUCCAGGACCGCGCCACCGCCCUCACACAGGAACGCAAGCGCCGCGGCCGCACGGUUCCUGAGGGACUCGUCGGACCCGACACCAUACGGUCCUUCGUCACGCUCGCCUCACAUCCCGGUCUCCACUCGGCGAGCGUGCCCGGGAUCCUGGCCCUGGACAUCAACCCGUCAGACCACAGCCGCAUACUGACGGGAGGCAACGACCGCAACGCCACCGUCUUCAACAAGGACACGGAGCAGGUGGUGGCCAUCCUCAAGGGACACACCAAGAAGGUGACGCGCGUCAUCUACCACCCCGACGAGGACACCGUCAUCACCGCCUCGCCCGACCACACCAUCCGAGUGUGGAACGUGCCCACGUCGCAGACGACGGUGCUGCUGCGGUCUCACGAGGGUCCAGUCACAGGCCUGUCUCUUCACCCCACCGGGGACUAUGUGCUGUCCACCUCCACCGACCAGCACUGGGCCUUCUCCGACAUACGCACUGGCCAGCUGCUCACUAAGGUGAGCGACGCGUCCGGAGUGAGCCUCACGACGGCGCAGUUCCACCCCGACGGUCUGAUCUUCGGCACCGGCACGGAGAACUCGCAGGUGAAGAUCUGGGACCUCAAGGAGCAGAGCAACGUGGCCAACUUCCCUGGGCACGUGGGACCCGUCACAUCCAUCUCCUUCUCCGAGAACGGCUACUACCUGGCCACGGCGGCCGAGGACGCGUGCGUCAAGCUGUGGGACCUGCGCAAGCUGAAGAACUUCAAGAGCAUCCAGCUGGACGAGGGCUACGUGAUCCGCGAGCUGCGCUUCGACCAGAGCGGCACGUACCUGGGCGUGGCGGGCUCGGACGUGCGCGUGUUCCUGUGCCGCCAGUGGCAGGAGCUGCGCGUGCUGGCCGACCACACGGCCGCCGCCACCGGCCUGCGCUUCGGCCGCGACGCCGCCUACCUCGCCUCCACCUCCAUGGACCGCACGCUCAAGAUAUACGGCCUGCAGUGAUGCUCGCGUCUCUCGGACGGAUUCUUUCAUUCAUAGCAUAGAGUUUUUGUUUGUCUCCCCGGACGGCGUCCCCCCACGCCCUGAGUGACGCACAUCUCGUGUAGGUCAUGGCGCACAUUGACACCGGACAAGUGAUUUGUCUAAACAUGUAAUUUCUCUAAUUAAACUAGUGUUUGAUUGAAUUAAAAAAAACGAUCCUCGUUACAAUGACAUAUUUACCAUGUUCUGUAUAUUUUUUCAAUAAAUAUAAAAAAAAAAU